AUGGAACAAGAUGGCACCGUUGUGGUUCAUGAAGGCGCACACGAAUCACUGAACGAAGAGGAACUGGAGCGGCAGCGGACUGAAGCUCGUGCUUUAGAGCUAAAAGUUACCAAAAAGUCUGCUGAGCUCCAACGCGCGAAGGAGGAACAGGCUCUUCUAGCUGAGCUAAAGACGAUGAACGAAAUCAUGAUCAAAAGGAAAGAAAAGCAACCAAGUUUGAAUCAGAACAGCUUGAAAAUUUCAGUUGAGACACUCGACACACUCAGAACACUGGAAGAUGCGCUCAAGGUUGAAAAUCAAAAGACAUCGGAGCUAAAGAAUGUGUCCAAGGUGGUUUCUCAGCAACUGGAAGACGUAGAGAAGGCAUUGGAAGGGAAGAGUAACAUCUUGGCUGCGGCUAAACGUGCAACACGUUGGGAUGUAGCGCCAAAAUACAUCCAAAUUGGCGACAAUACUGCCACUGAUUACAAAGAACGAAAGGCUGCACUUGCCGAACUUCAGAAACAGCAGAAGAUAUUGAAGGAAACAUCAGAACGUUAUACAAAGGAGAUCGAACAGCUCGAGUCUCGAUUGGAGGAGCGAAAGCCCAUUGAGGCUCAGAUUGCUGAGGCAGAGGCAGAGUUGCAGCAACAAAACGCGGAGUACGAUUCUCUGAGCGCUAAGGUCGUAUCGUAUGAGCGUCUAAGGAAGAAGAAGGAACGGAUGCUGGACCGAUCUAAAGAUGAGGAUAGCAACAAGGCGAUUCGUAAUAUGGAUGGUACUAAAAGAUCCCUCCAAAACUAUCUGUUGAAGCUUCGUGAAUCAAGUGCAAGCAACACGAAGUCAAUUAUCUCCAUGGAAAUGCGUCUUCGCCAACUGGAGGCUCGUCUGGAGGCUGCUAACUUGUUCUUGAAGCAAGUGUUUGCUGAGAUUCAAAAUGAUCAGCCCAUGACAGGUGUUGCUGAUGAUGCAACUGAAGUGCCUUUAAUUGUGUUUGAGGAGCUAAGUCGUGAGCUGGCACUUUCUCGCGAAACGAUUAUGCAGCGAGAUGAACAACUUGAUACCUAUGACACCAAGGUAGAGGAGCUGGAGAAGAAGAUGAUCGUAAUUCGGAAAGCCAUCGCGUCACGUGCUGUCUCGUCUGAAUUGCUAAAUCAGAAAAAGGAACGCACCUUCGGGUCGUUAAUGAGCAAAGCUGAUGGUCUGAGUAAGGAUUUCGAUAAUGAGUGUCGUCGCUUGAUUAAUGAAAACGAGAUCUUGCGGAGACAGCUUGGAAUUAUGUAG